CAAGAACAACCUCAUUACCAAGAAGACUUUCUCCCACAACCAGAAGGGCCAUCGGAGCUGGAGUUACCCAUGGCGGCCUUCACGGGCCACUCUGCAGAGCCAUGCUACACUUCACUGGAGGAUCCGAACGAACAAUUAAGGCUUCUCGUUGAGCAGUUUGCUCGAGACACUGAGAAAUCAUGCUCCAAGAUGGAUCUUCAAAUCAAAGCCCUUGCCACUUCCGAUCCCUCAUUUCUCCAUGAUAUGGAGGAGACUGUUCAGCGCUCAGCGAAGCAAACAGAGUGGGUGAAGCAAGUUUGCUUACAUCUUGCUCAAGAUCACCUUUCUGCUACCACGCUAGAAGAGGUGGAGGAUGACAAAGGCUAUGGGAGCGUUGAGGAGCAUACAGAAGUUAUCAUAGAGAACUCCCAUGAUAACCAUGAUCAGGAAAGUCCUUUGGUUGCAGACCACACCUUUCCUCAUUUAUGCUCUAACAUGCUGGGCCCGUGCGAGGAGAUGCAAGAUGAUCCCAUUGAAGAAAUUGCUUGGCGACUUGCUCUCCAAUCUGUUCUAGAAGAAGAAGAGCGAGCAAGGAUGAGGAAGGAAGUUGUGGAUUAUGAGGAAGAAAGAAAAGAAGAGGUGGUUCUUGAUCUUUUCCCAGGGGAGAGACCACAUUUUGAAGAAGGAAGGGGGGUUGAGGAAGCAAUUGGCGUCCAGGCUGAGGAUGAAGUUGAGGUGGAAGAGGCAUGCACCGGCCAUGAGUUGCAAGUGAUAUCUCCACCAAACUUCGAGGAACUGCUUAGCAAGGACCCAUUUGUAGUGUCUCUGUGCCAGACCAAGGCCACAUCAACAUCGGUCCCUCUUGGUGGACGCGAUGGUGGCCAAUCGAUGCUGUCUUAUCUGGUUUGGGGAAAUGAGACGAGAGAAGAGAAAAAGAGGUCUCGAGGGUGGAGACUUCAUCUGCAUGAAGUGCACGAGCCUUCAUCACCUGCCACACCACAUGCUCGUGACUUGAGACUCCACCUCAUCGACGAGAACCUCAAAUUCAAGGAGGUUCUAGCAUGGACCGAAACUUAGGAGCCAUCGUCCGGCUCACGACGUGAAAGAAGCGCUUGUUGGGAGGCAACCCAACCAGUCGGUUUGCAUUUCUUUCUCUAUUUCUCCUCGGUUGAGUCAGUUUUGUUAUUUGAUUUUAGAGUCAAUAACUCAACCUUUGUGAG